UAUUUUUGUAUUUUCAGCUUUCAUAUACUUAUACCUAAUAAAUUGUAAAAAUUGUAUUAAAAUAUUUCAAUUAAAAUGAAGAUUUUUGUAACCGCACUGGCUGUUCUCGGCCUGAUUUCUAACGCGUAUGGUUUGACGUGUUUUACAUGUUCCGAUACAAACGGAUAUGACGGCGAGUCAAGCUCGGCUGGUGUCUGUUUCCAGACCUCAACAACAGGAACAACAACUUCUACAGCGACCUGUUUAGCUAAUUCUGGAUCCACUGUCUACUAUUGCAGAACUAUGUUUUCCAUCACGGACGGAGUCGUAACAGGAGUUAGUAGAGGAUGCGCGUCCAGUACCGGCGAUGAAGACGUAAACACAAAUGCAGUCCCUGGAAACAAUAAGUGCGUAUCAGUCCUUGAUGUAUUCGGAAACCCAACCGACGCAACGGACUGUUAUUAUCAUUGUACAAGCGACGACUGCAAUUCCCUUACCACAAGUUCCCUGAGACAAUGCUCCACAGAUUGUAAUGUUGGAAGUGGUGGAGGUAGAUGCAAUUACAUUGUUGGGUCUUGCGUUUGCAAUAGCGGUUUCACCGGAACAGACUGCACUACAACAACCACUGUUGCAUCAACUGUGCAGAGAAGAUGCGUUCAAUGCAACUCUGCAACUGAUACUGGUUGCGCCACUUCAACAACAAGCGUAGAUUGCCCUGGAUCUGAGACGUACUGUUCUACCGCUACUACGUCCAUCUAUAGCGCAGCCGACACCGUCGUCGCUUCUAUCACCACGCGCGGUUGCACAAGUGCCUACAAAGCAGUCGACGAGUGUUCGUUUACCAACAUCUACACAGAUGCUCCUAUCAGCGACUCAUCUGUCGGAUACAACGAAUUUACCUGUUAUUCCACUUGCGAUACUGACGGAUGCAACACCAACUCAGCUGAUGGAAUUGUCAAUGGCAACGAAGCUAUUGCUCUUCAGUGUGUUGUCUGCAGCGAUACUACUGGAUCAGGAAGUUGCAACUCGGCCACCAGCAGACAGACCUGUCCAAGUGGAUCGACACACUGCAAGUCUACAGUCGUGUACAUGCUCUCCGACAGAGCUGAUUUGGCAUACACUGGUGCUACACCAGCAUACAAGCUUGUUAGUGUGGUUCGCGAAUGUGCUACUGCUGCAGUUACAUCGGCCUGCACGGACUCUUCAAUCGGUACUCUCAGCUUGAAAAAAGUAACUUGUUCAGAAACAUGCCAAGGGGAUGGAUGCAACACCGGAUGGCCUGCACGACCAAAAUGCAUCAGUUGUGUAAGCUCACCAGGUUACACCGACGGAUACGAUGAAUGUCUCACGAAUCCCCCAGAAGCAGCGGAUUGCACUUACCCAUAUGAAGGAUUUUGUGUAAUUCAUGAAAGUGGAAUGCAAGAAGGAACUUCAAAGAGUGUCGCUGGAUAUCCACGAAGAAUGACAAGAGGAUGUACAUAUUAUGACAUCGGAACUGGAUGCACAUCCCAAACUAUUCGUUCCACUCCUAUCCAAACUUGCAAUCGUACUUGCACUACUGAUGGAUGUAACGUUGGUAACGGAAGUUCUAUGACAACUCAAACAAUGAUUGCUGUAUUCAUUCCUGCAUUAUUGGGAUGGAUGGCCAAGUUACAUCUUUAAUAACCUAUACAUAAACUUUUAUUCUCCAGGAAUUUUCUAUAAGAUACUGACAAACCCGUAAUUAUCAAAUGUUAAUACUAUUUUAAAAAUGGUCAUAAAUAUUGAUUUUCAAAUCAAAUAGUUUCUUAAACUUUAUAUGAUCACAUUUUCCUACGACGCAAGCAGCGAUGGGGUGAAAUGCGCUUCUUAACGUUUAAUUUCUGCAAUAUGCAAAGAUUGUGUUGUUAUUCUUAUUUUCACCCUGAUGAUCUGCUUUGCAAACAAAAAUUUUCUAAUAAAAUAAC